CUUCAGGUGAUCUUUUCUGACGAGUGUACGGAGGCAGAGGGGCGUCACUGGCACAUGAAGCACUUCUCCUGUUUUGAAUGUGAGAUGGUGCUGGGGGGACAACGUUAUAUCAUGAAGGAGGGUCGGCCAUAUUGCUGCGGCUGCUUUGAGUCUCUCUAUGCCGAGUACUGCAAGGCCUGCGGGGAACACAUUGGUGUGGACCAUGCCCAGAUGACGUACGACGGUCUCCACUGGCACGCCACCAAGGGUUGUUUCUGCUGUGCCCAGUGUAAGAGCUCUCUGCUGGGCUGUCCCUUUCUGCCCAAGCAGGGCCGGAUCUACUGCUCCAAGGCCUGCAGUCUGGGAGAGGACGUCCACGCCUCAGACUCCUCCGACUCCGCCUUCCAGUCGACACGCUCCCGUGAGUCUCGCCGCAGCGUACGCAUGGGCAAGAGCAGCCGCUCGGCUGACCAGUGCCGCCAGUCGCUCCUCUUCUCACCCUCCGUCAACUACAAGUUCCCCGGGUUUACCGGUAACCCAGACACCGACACGCUCACCAACAAGCUGGCCCACCUGGGUUUAACCAACGAGGAGUGCUUCUGGAGGGGGAGGGAGGACACCGAGGGCCCCGAGGACCGGGACGAGGAGGAGUGGGCUGAGCACGAGGACUACAUGACCCAGCUGCUGCUCAAGUUCGGGGAGCACGGAGUCUUCAAGCAAGGUGAGGUGGUCGACUCCAGACCUCCAACCAAUCUGUGGAUGACCGAGGCUGAGGUCAAGAUGAAACCGUGUGAGCCUCAGGGCUCUAGGGCUGAGACUGGAGGAGGAGGAUGUGGAGGAGGGUCAGGCAGCCAGAGCCUGGCCAGUAAGAAGUACCAGACAGAUAUGUACUGGGCCCAGUCCCAGGACGGGCUGGGGGAUUCGGCCUACGGUAGCCACCCUGGCCCGGCCAGCAGUAGGAAGCUCCAGGAGCUGGAGCAUGGCGCUGUGAGCAUCGGGGGUACCAGCUUCCAGAGGGAGGAGAAGCAGUGGUAUGACAACUCUCUGGAGUGCAUCACAGACAAGGUGAAACAGACAGAUCAGAGUGUCAGGGACUCCAUGGACUCACUGGCACUGUCCAACAUCACGGGUGCCUCUGUAGAUGGCGACAGUAAAGAGAGAUCUCUGGUCUACUCCUUACAGAACUUCCAGGAACUCGAGGCUGAGAGAGACUGUGAGAACACAAGCAACAUGGGAACUCUCAACUCCUCCAUGUUACACCGCAGUGCCAAUUCCCUGAAGAGCCUUACGUCUGAGCUGGAGCAGGAGGAGAGCGUACCAGAGGAAGAGGAGAAGGCCCCUCUUCCCUCUCCCCCCAAGCCUCCUCAUGUCCCGGCGUUGAGACGGACUCGAUCCCAGUCUCGACCCCAACAGGUGAAGUUCUCCCCAGACGUCGUGGACAACAGUCGCUAUGGUGACCUGCAGGUGCGCCAGCCCCCGAUGAGCGAGCGGACGCGGCGGCGAGCAUACCACUUCGAGGAGCAGGACCAGGAGCUUGGUGACUCGGGUUCCGGCCGCUAUCACCACCACCACAGGAGACGCCGCAGCCGCAAGUCACGCUCCGACAACGCUCUCCACCUGGUGCCCAAGGAGAGGGCCAAUCGCAUAUACUUCAGAGAGGACCACAGAGGCCAUGGGGGACAUGGCUUCAGCUCAAAGGGGCCUCAGCAGCUGGCCUUCCUGCCCAACCAGCAGGGGUAUGGCCAGUCCCAGCAUCCCCACCGCCAUCCCCACCAAGCCACCUCAGACUACAGACUCCAGCAAGGCCCAGCCAUGGAGAGGUUCAUGGGGUUGUGUGGGGACAGGGACGAGGAUGACUGGUGCUCCACCUGCUCCUCUUCUUCCUCCGAGUCUGAGGAGGAAGGCUUUUUCCUGGGCCAGCCCAUCCCCCAGACACACAGACACUACUAUGAUGGCCUGCCCAGCCCCAGCCACGUGGCAGGCCUGCCCUCCCUGCCAUACGGAGCAGUCCCACGGACUAUGUCCAAAAAGAAGAAGGGGCACAAGGGGAAGAACUGUAUCAUUUCAUAAGACUGGAUGUUUUACGGUCCCCUGUUGGUCUACUUUUAAAUGAUACUCUGUCUGCAACCCCCUUCUGAAUCUCUUGUUGUUGCCACUAUUGUGAAUACAGAAAUGGCCUGCUUGUUAAAACUGUCUUGCCAACUGGAUGUAGUACAUGUUAACAUGGCACUGAUCCUAUUAUUGAAAUGCAUUACAAAAAAAACAGACAGAGUUGAAUAAACACAUUUCAAAGCUGUCAUCAUAAUUGCAUUAGAAAAACAAUUAUGCAAAUAACUCUGAACAAAUAUAUUUAUAAAAACACCAUUUAGAGACUAACGGAAAUUACUAUUUAACAGUGCAGAUAAUGUAUAUAUUGUAAAGUCUAUUUUUUUUUUUUAUAACCCUGAGUCAAAUGUUUUUGUAGUGGAAUGGCAUUGAAAGACAAAACUGAUAACAGUUAUCAAAGAACCUUCUCUUUUCUUAACCAGGGUUUGAAUUAAAUAUAUGAUAUGCUGCCAGCAAAGGUAUUCAGAGUGCAGUUUGACCCUGGGCCUGGUUUCCCAAAAGCUAUUUCCUGGUUGCUAAAAUUCAAAUAGUUCCCCUAAUUUCAGUUUGUGUGA